AUGGGAAAUAAUUGCUGUGCAGGAAGAGAUUUACUUUAUAAAAAUAAACUACAAGAGUUUGGUAUAGAAGGAUCCAAGACAAUAAGAAAGUUGUUAUCCUUCACAAGUAAUGAUAUUCUCAGAUUUGAUAAAGCGUAUGAUGAAAAUGAUGUUCAAGAGUUUGUAAACUUAUGUUCUUCAACAUGCGAAAUAGAAAAAUUAGAAGAUAGAAUGCAUCCUUGGGCUGCUGACCCCAAAACUAUUGGUGCAUUAUCCGCAACUCAAUUGGCAAUUUUAGCUAGCAAAGAAAACGAGCCACAUUAUAAAGAUGCAAUACGUGAGGCAAAUGGAAUAGCCGUUUUUAUAAAUUUAUUAAAAUCACACGAAUUAGAUAGAGUACAUGCUGCUGUUGUUGCUUUAUCAUUUUUAUCCGUUGACAAUGUUAAAAAUUGUAUUUGCAUGUUUGAAUCUGGUGCUUUGCCAUAUUUAAUAAGUGGAAUGAAGUCAAACAUAGACGGAAUGAAAGCUGCUUGUGCUCAAACUUGUAGAAAUAUUUAUGUCUUAGAUAAAAAAUAUAAGAAGGAAUUUUUAAAACUAGGAGGAAUCACUCAACUAGUGAAUUUACUAGAAUUACCAUCAAAUUAUGAUGAUAGUCAACCCUUAUAUACACAAUUAGAAGCUAUUUAUCACUUGGAAGAUUUCAUACUGAAUGAUGGAGAUGAAAUCCCCGAAUUUUUGGAAGCAGUUAAAAACUCCAAUUCGAUAAAAAAUUUAAAAACCCUACAACAGUGCCCUGAGCAAGACUUAGCAGAAGCCUCCAAUGUUCUCUUAUUGAGACUAACGGAUUAA